AUGAUAACCUACGACCCUUCAGAGAGGGAGUGUCUGAGGAGCUCAUGGCGGACACGCUUCGUCGUGGUGUGGGCACCCAUUACCAAAUCAUUAAUGUUUAGGUGUAGUGGGGUGGAGCACUUCAUCCUGCAGGUGAUUGACAGACGUGACGUGGAGAUGGUGGUGAACGUGUGGGACUACCCUCAGGUGCCAGGCUGGGUGCAGCCUAUCCUGCCUGUCCUGUCUUUCAGUAAGACUGCUGACUACCACGACAUCAUGUAUCCUGCCUGGACGUUUUGGGAGGGGUGCCCAUAUAUCCCACUGGAAUGUAUGAUGGGACCUCUUAAAAAAUCGGCAGCACAGUGGCCCUGGAAGAGGAAGGAGUCCAGAGGAUUCUUCAGAGGCUCCAGGACUAGUCCUGAGAGGCUCCAGACCUGGUGGAUGCUGAGUACACCAAGAACCAGGCCUGAAAGUCUAUCUGGAACUACCAAUGCAAAUGUCUGUGUGACAGUGGCUUUUUUAUUUAACAAGGACACACUAGGUAGACCACCAGCUCAGGAGAUUCCCCUGGUGGAGCACUGUCAAUACAAGUACCUGUUCAACUUCCGGGGCGUGGCGGCCAGCUUCCGCCUCAAGCACCUGUUCCUGUGUGGCUCUCUGGUCUUCCAUGUAGGGAGGGAGUGGAUGGAGUUCUUCUAUCCCCAGCUGCUACCCUGGGUACACUACAUCCCUGUCAAACAGGACCUCUCUGACCUCAGUGGUCCAUUCAACUACAAACACAACCAAAACACUCCUCACCUCAAGAGUGUUGCCUCUGUUUAAGAAGAACAAUGCACAACCAUUGCCAUAUACUGUAGAGAUACGAUGAAGCUUGAAACACUACAUAUUAAGCAGUAAAUAACUACACUCAACACCAAGUGCCAAUAGAACAUUAUUCAUUCAUGUAGAAUGACAUGUCAAACCCACUGUCGGUACACUACUUUACUUGGACCUGCCUUGGAAAAGAUGAGUAGAAGCCACAAUGGUCCCGAAAUGUUGAAUAUGUUCUAGUAUUCCCAUUGUAGAAUGUAUGUGUUAUAGUUAUCUGAUUCUACAGCUGUGGCACACACGUAUGGAAGGUACUUUGUGCUGUGUAUUGUCUUGACCAAAGAGUAAGAGGUACAAUGCCAAAAAACUAUGUUCAGCUUGUGGUCAAAACAUAUGACGUGAUCUUCAUGGUUAGUCAGAGUAUUGUAUGCACAGAAAUUGUAAUAUCAAUGGCAGGUGAUUCACCUGCAAAAUCAGUGGAAUGGUUUUGGUUUGUCUGUUGGCCUUUAAUUAACAGUAAUUGAUGCCUUUUUUUUAGCAUGGAACACAAUGACAAUGUUGUGAUAUGAUGCAAUAACAUUUUAUAUCGAAUGUAUCAUUUUUUACCUCUAAUAAACCAUUCAAAUCUCAAGUAAAUUCAGAAUGGUAUCCGUAUAAUGUGUAUGUUUGGUCCUCCACCUGAAGGGGGUGCUCUCCAACUAGAUAUCUUCAAUUUACCAGCUAGUAGUUCAGCGGUGUGCCGGUGGAAAGCAGAAGCAGAUCCAGCUCCCAUUGCUGGUGAAGUGUUCAUGAUGCAUCCUCCUGAACGGCCCUGGGUGUCCCCAGACCCAUGUCAGCAGGCUGCCUCGGCCCCCCAGGGUCCAUGCAGCUGACAGUGUGACGCCUGCCCCGGUACAGAUCCCCUACCCAGCCUCGUGGCGUUCUGCCCAUAACGCAGCCAUCCGGGGCUUUGUGCGGUACGGCUGGAGGUGGAGCUGGAGAGUAGCAGCCUUCGUCACAUUAUUCAAGUAAACAGUGACUACAUGGCUAUGGGACUCUUUCCUAUGUGGCCACUAUAUUAGUUUGUUCUCCUGUGCUGAUUGACAUUGGUUGAUUAUCUCGCUGUGUGUGUGUGUUCUGCCAGCACUGUGUGCAGAGACAAGUAUACCCUCAGCCACUACGCAGGAGGUUAGUUACUUCAAAUGGAGAGGAUGCCUCAAUGUAUUAUACACACCCACACUUAUUCAAUGACUUUACAGUAAUAAUUCAUAAGACAUAGAGUACCAGUCAAAAGUUUGGACACACCUACUCAUUCAAGGGUUUUUCUUUAUUUUUACUAUUUUCUACGUUGAAGAAUAAUAGUGAAGACAGCAAAACUAUUAAAAAACAAAAGUGUUCAAAGUAGCCACCCUUUGCCUUGAUGAAUGCUUUGCACACACAACCAGCUUCAUGAGGAAUUCUUUUCCAACAGUCUUGAAGGAGUUCCCACAUAUGCCAAGCACUUGUUGGCUGCUUUUCCUUCACUCUGUGGUUCAACUCAUCCCAAACCAUCUCGAUUGGGUUGAGGUCGGGUGAUUGUGGAGGCCAGGUCAUCUGAUGCAGCACUCAAUCACUCUCCUUCUUGGUCAAAUAGCCCUUACACAGCCUGGAGGUGUGUUGUGUCAUUGUCCUUUUGAAAAACAAAUGAUAGUCCCAUUGUAUCGCUGCAGAAUGCUGUGGUAGCCAUGCUGGUUACGUGUGCCUUGAAUUCUAAAUAAAUCACCCGACAGUGUCACCAGCAAAGCACACCAUCACACCUCCUCCAUGCUUCACGCUGGGAACUACAAAUGCUGCAAUCAUUUGUUCACCUACUCUGCUUCUCACAAAGACACGGCAGUUGGAACCAAAAAUCUCACAUUUUCCACCGAUCUAAUGUCCAUUGCUCAUGUUUCUUGGCCCAAGCAAGUCUCCUCUCAUUAUUGGUGUCCUUUUAGUAGUGGUUUCUUUGCAGAAAUUUGACAAUGAAGGCCUGAUUCACGCAGUCUCUUCUGAACAGUUGGUGUUGAGAUGUAUCUGUUACUUGAACUCAGUGAAGAAUUUCUGAGGCUGGUAACUCUAAUGAACGUAUCCUCUGCAGCAGAGGUAACUCUGGGUCUUCCUUUCCUGUGGCGGGUCUUCCUUUCCUGAGAGCCAGUUUCAUUAUAGUGCUUGAUGUUUUUUGCGACUGCACUUGAAGAAACUUUAAAAGUUCUUGAAAUGUUCCACAUUGACUGACUUUCAUGUCUUAAAGUAAUGGACUGUCGUUUCUCUUUGCUUAUUUGAGCUGUACUUGACAUAAUAUAGACUUGGUCUUUUACCAAAUAGGGCUAUCUUCUGUAUACCACCCCUACCCUGUCACAACACAGCUGAUUGGCUCAAACGCACUAAGAAGGAAAGAAAUUCCUCAAAUUAACGUAACAAGGUACAACUGUUAAUUGAAAUGCAUUUCAAGUGACUACCUCAUGAAGCUGGUUGAGAGAAUGCCAAGAGUGUACAAAGCUGUCAUCAAGGCAAAGGGUGGCUAUAUUUUUAUCAAAAUAUAUUUAGAUUUGGUUAACACUUUUUUUGGUUACUACAUGAUUCCAUAUGUGUUAUUUCAUAGUUUCGUUGUCUUCACUAUUAUUCUACAAUGUAAAAAUAAAGAAAAACCCUUGAAUGAGUACUGUAUACAUUGCCUUCGGAAAGUAUUCAGACCCCUUCACUUUUCCCACAUUUUGUUAGGUUACAGCCUUAUUCUAAAAUUGAUUAAAUAUUUUUUUCCCUCA